GUUUGGGGGUUAGAGGUUGGCUUCAACACAAAGGAACAAGCGGCUGAGAAGACGGUAAGAAGCGAAGAACCAAUCACGGCGGCAGCCCGGCGAUAAAAGGGUUUGCGAAGGGACCCGGGGAGGGGAGAGCUCGCAGGAAACGGCUUCGGCUCCUUCAGCUUCGGCUUGGGCAGAGGGGAGAAAAGGCAACGACGAGACUCCCGCUGUUGGGGGGUGGAAAAGGGGACGGGACAGCCAGACGGACGGAGCAUAUGGUGUUGCAAGAGCUCUGUCUGAGCCACCUCCUCGAGGAACAGCAGCCCACCAACUUCAAGCUCAGGAUUAAAUAGACAGAGGAGGGGAAGGAACCAUGUUCCAGGCCACGGGAGCUGCCAGCCCAGCUUCAACUCACGAGGGAAAGAACAGCUCAGGAGGCAGCACCGUGCAGCGCUCCAAGUCCUUCAGCCUGAAGGCACAAGUGAAGGAGUUGUGCACCGCCUGCCAGAAAACCGUCUACCCCAUGGAGCGGCUGGUGGCAGAUAAGUUUGUCUUCCACAACACCUGCUUCUGCUGCAAGCACUGCCACACCAAGCUCAGCCUGGGCACCUAUGCAGCUCUCCAUGGGGAAUUCUACUGCAAGCCCCACUUCCAGCAGCUCUUCAAGAGUAAAGGCAACUACGAUGAGGGCUUCGGGCGCAAGCAGCACAAGGAGCUGUGGGUGCACAAGGAGGUGGAGAGCGGGACCAAGACGGCGUGAGCGAGGCCAAGCACCCUACCUACCUCCCUGGAGCUCAGCAGAGAUGGGAUGAAGCAGUGCUGAGCCGGGGCCUAACUGAGCUGAUGUAAAGCAAAGGCUGAGCUUGAGCCUGGGGGGCAGUUUCAGGCCUGCCAAUUAUGGAAAAGAUGAUCUGGGGCCUAGAAGUUUCAGCAGAGCUGCCAGCUCCCACCACACCAAUCCUGGUGUGUCCUUGGUCUACAUCAGCUCAGUUGGCAUUGUUCAGCCUUAAGGAUCUUGCCCUGUGACUGUUUAACAGUGUCUUGUCUUUUUGAUAUUUGCCUUUGAUUGGUACGUUCUGUGCUGGAGCCGGGCACAGCAGCUUCAGCACCAUGCCACACGCUCUUUUAUUUUUGUAAUACAAGGUUGUGGAGCCUUCCCUGUCUUGUCUUAUAUUCUCCCAAGGUCCUGGGGAAGUGGAAUAGUGCACAGGUCUGCCUCUACUUGAGGGCAGGAAAGCUUUGCAGAGGGACCCGGCCAUGCUGGAGCCAUGGGAUGGGGGUAAUGGGAUGAGGUUGAACAAGGGCAAGGGCUGGGGCCUGCCCUUGGGCAUCCCCAAGCCCAGACAGCUCCAGGCUGGGGCAGAGGGGCUGGAAAGCUGCCUGGUGGCAAAGGACCUGGGGGUGUUGAUCAACAACCACCUGAACAUGAGCCAGCAGUGUGCCCAGGUGGGCAAGAAGGCCAGUGGUAUCCUGGCUUGGAUCAGCACUAGUGUGGCAGCAGGAGCAGGGCAGGGACUGUUCCCCUGCGCUGGGCCCUGGGGAGGCUGCAGCUCCAGGGCUGUGUUCAGUGCUGGGCCCCUCACUCGCUGCCAGAGGGACACUGAGGGGCUGGAGAGUGGCCAGAGCCAGGGAAGGGGCUGGA